UUUAAUGACAUUUAUUUGGCAUUUUCAAAUUAAAUAAUUAGUAAUUUUAACUCAUUAUGUCCAGAAAGAAAAAAUACGAUGAAGAGGAUGAAAAAUUGGCCAUCACCACCAGAAUAUUUCGAAAGAGACAACGCAGGACAACCAAUCAUAUGUGGGAAUAUAACAAAAUCAACGGUAAUAUUCGGGUUAUUGAAGGUACAAUGGUACCAAAUUCCAGCCUUCUACAAAUAAUAAGCAGGUCCAAAGAAAUGAAUAAAAGGACUUCAGCUCCACUAUUACACUGUGGUAACUCAAGUUCAGAAGAUGAUGAGUUAAAAAAAUAUACUGAAUAUAAAGAGAUUUCGUUUAGGGAGUUGACUUUAGAUGAACUGAAAUAUCGAAUGAGAUUAACAAAGUGGACACCACCAGUCAAAAAAGUCAAACCGCGAUCUGCGUAUGAAGCGAUGAUUGAAUCAAUUAAGGAAUCAUCCAGACAAUUGCGACUCAAUACUCCACAACAGACACCGAAAUUCCAAAGCUUAUCAUCAAUAUCUACAGGCAAUUAUCAACUGGAAGAAAAGUCAACCGUAGCAAGUUUAGAACAAAUCAUGGAAUCUAAUUUGGAAAUAGAUGUUGAUGAAGAGGUUCCAAUUGUGAAACCAGAAGAAGUAAAUGUGGAUGUAGCUGAUACAAUUGAUGAUGGUAAAGAUAAACCAAUUCAAACUAAACCUAAAGUGGAGAAAAAGAAAUUCAAACCAAAACCGAAGAGGAGAUCGAUAUUAAAGAGAUACAGAGAAACUGUGCCAGUACCCGGAGAACUUCCAAUAAAAGCUGACGGUACUCUACCGUUGAGAUCAGAACAAGAUUUCAGUCCUGCCCAAGUCAUAUCCUAUUUAUGUGAAAAACGAAUCAGAAGUACAAUUUAAGUUUUAUUAACAAAAUGAUUGUAGUACGGUACUGUUUACGAUUAGAAACAUUGAUAAAAUACACGGUAAUAAUAUGUAA